AUGAACAAACUACCACCACUCGGGACCUCCAUCCGCGCGAUCAUCGGACCUACAAUACAAAUCUACGCCCCUCUAAUCCAAAAAAACGCCCCCCUAAUCCGCUCCGUACCCAAAGCGACCCAUUCCUACGGACCUCAAGAACGACAAAAACUAGACAUAUACACCCCUCCAAACCCCAGCAUCAUCAACGGCCGCAAAGCAAUCCUAGUCUUUGUCCACGGUGGUGGAUUCGUCCAAGGUUCCAAGACCUUGGAAGGCAUCGCUGAUAAUCUCGUACACUCGAAUGUCGCGGCGUUUUUCGCGCUGAAGUAUGGGUAUACGGUGGUGAUACCGGAUUAUAGGCUGGUUUUUAAGCAUUCUGAUGCUGUGUUUCCGAGUGGAGGGGAGGAUGUUGCUUUGGUUGUGGAGUGGAUUAUGAGUAAAUUUUCUGGAUCGGAGGAGCCUUCUGAUCUUUUUAUUAUGGGGAAUUCGGCUGGUGGUACGAACCUCAUGACAUUUCUCCUCCACCCCACAUUCGCAUCUACAAGGGCAAAAGUCCUCUCCAACGAAAGMAAGACACAGCUCCGAGGAAUAAUCCCCCUCUCCGCACCCUUCCAUUUCAAAACAAUGGAACCCUAUCGAGAAGAAGUCAUAACCACCUACUACGGUUCCCCCUCCGCACACAUCGAUCUCAGUCCCCUCGGACUCUUCAAAGCCGCCCGCAAAAACGGUUCUCUAGAUUUCCUAGCAAGUGGAGUGAGAGCCCUGCUCCUAAACGCAGAACUCGAUCCCGAAGAUGAAAUUAAUCAAUCUCGGGAUGAGUUGGUUAGGGAGUGGAUGGAAAUUGGGACGCCUGAGAGUCGGAAUUCGUUGGCUGUUGAUAUGAUGAAGGGGCAUAAUCAUAUUAGUCCUGUUUUUGGACUUAUGACGGGGAUUGAGAGGGAGGAGGCUUGGGGGGUUCAAGUGGCUACUUUUUGCGAGAAUUUGCGAAAGUUUUAA